CUCCAUCAACACACACAUGACCCUGUUCAUCACGCUACAUAAAGAACAAGUACUCCAGCACAAUCAAGUGUUCGAGUAUUUAUUAUCCUCUUAGAUCUUGUCAAAGUCUUUCAGGAUUCUUUUAACUCUUCUCUCUCCCUUCUCUACACUUGCUUUCUCUCCAAACCAUAUCUUGCAUAUUCCCACUUACAAGGAAACUUGUUGCGAGAUCGUCGUCAGCGCCCAACGCACUACGUCAAUCAAUCUAGUCACCGGGCACAUACUCGUAGAGUAACCGGACUCAUAAAGGCUUCGCAAUCUCGAGCUGUCCGAACAACAACCCAGUACUUUUUGCUCUACGCAAUACAUACGACUACGACUAACACACAGCUACUGACCUUCUACCCCUCGCCACUUGCGCUUCGUUCCGGCCCUUGUUGAAACCCGACGUUCAAUGCGACCUCUGCUUGUUCAUUACUGCAACACCUGCACAUAUAACACUACUAUCCCUUUCACAGCCUCUGUUUUCUCUCAACCUAAUUCCUGCUCAUAUUGUGGUGCUGUAGUUAUCGGUAUCAACAGUCGAUCCAAAGCAGAAGAAGAAGCCAACAUGCAGCAAGAAGAGCUCGCAAGGCUCUUUCAAGCCAACCUUAACCUGUCCCAAGCCCCUGCGAACCAUGAUGCCCCCACUCAACCCCAACAGAUUGCGCAGGAACCUGCAGUGCAACAACAACAGUGGGCAGACGAUUCACCACAGAAUGUGCAGCCAAUCACGUAUGCGUCUACACACUACACGCAUAGUCAUCAUGUAGUACCUUCCCGAAACGCCCCAUCUACUCCCACCAAGACUGAGAUCGAUGUGUCCGAACUUGGAAAUAUAUUCCUGCGAAACAGCAUCGACCCGUCCCUCCUGUUCCCUUCCCAGAUUGACCUUUUCCAGAAUGCAGACGAUGAUCAACGCCUUCGCCUCCUUGAACUCUGGCGCAUUUCACCCCCACAAGGUAGACAAGGCUAUCCGCCGGGCGUGGACUAUAACAUUUCAAGGCAGCUGUAUGAUUGGCCUCCUACAAGCCUAGCACAAGAGGAAGCCAUGGCCAAAUUAAGAUAUGAGAGAAUGGUGGAAAGCAAUGCCCAAUCAGAGAGUAUCAACAGCCAUGAGCAACAUCUUAAUCAGAGCAUGGAUGCAGCCAAAGAGUCUGUAUCGGCUACGCAGACUCAGAAUGAUCGCACUGCUUCUCCUGAUGCAGCACAAGCUGAGCCUUAUAUUCUCUCUGGGUACGACAUGCUGGCAAGGCGAGAAUACGACGAGUCCGCCCGUGCUGAAGAGCAUCCCCUCCGAGAGUCAAACAGAUAUAAUCAGGCUACGGAUCCUGUCUUCAACCAUCCCGCCAACAAUGGCGGCCUCUGGGAGAAGAACGUCGGUAGCAUUCUAGAUAUGGAAAACAACUAUGGUGCUUUCGCUUAUGCUAGGGAGCAUGACAUUCGCCCCAUCUAUGCGGACGAGGAAAUGGUUAUGUAGGAAGAGAAGUAUUCACUUCUGAUGAGGCUAAUGCCACUGUCAUCGAACCCUACAAAAGGCAGGAGUUGUGAAGGAGUUUGAGAUUACACAAGAAUGAGUUUAGUGUUUUAGGCAUGUACAGCACAGCAAGAUCAUAGAUGAUUGUAUCAGGGAUCGAUAAGGCAGAACCAGGCCACACAAUCGUUUGGAGGAACCCGACUCUUUUGCGCGACAAUGGUUCGUUGUUAAUUAAUCAGAUACCCCACGCUCGCAAUAGUAUUUCAUCAGCAACCU